CAUGAAAUUGAACAGAAUCGCAAGAGUGAAAAUUAUCCCCUUCUGAUCUUGGCCGCACGGCGCUGCGAAGGGCAUUUCGGUGGAGAGCUGCAUCGUUGAGUCAUGAAACUGACGGCACAAGAGGAUCAUCGUUCAACAUCGACAAGUGCCGUUAUACUGCCUUGCGUCCUCACAGAUUGCAACACAGACACCCAGAGUUGAUCUCGAUUUACUCGUAGAGAAGCGCGGGAAGGACGAACUCCGAAGCGAAUGCAGGCGGCGGCUGAGAUGGCUUGCAAUUCUGUGCGCAGGGCGUCGUUGCAUCCGUAUUUGGUGAGGCAGUUGUUCUCGGUGAUGUCUAAAGACCAUGCUGUCGCGGGGAGCGGUGCAGUAGGGGAGUCGCGUUUUACUCGUGGGUUUAGCUCGGAUUCAGCGUUGCAGAUCAAGGCGUUGCGAGAGAGGACGGGCGCGCCCAUCAAGGAUGUGAAGGCAGCUCUGCUUCAGUGCGGAUGGGAUGCCGAGUCUGCGAUGUUGGAAUUGAGAAAGAAGGGCCUGACCGCCGCAAGACGGAAAGAAAAUCGAGUGGCGGCCGACGGAUUACUUGCCGUGGCGAAUGCCAAGGGGGUCACUACCGUCAUAGAGAUGAAUUCUGAGACUGACUUCGUAGCUCGAAACGAAAUGUUUCGCCACCUCGCUACGAGAGUUGCAAAAUCAGCGCUCAGCUUGCAAGCACAAAAAUCUGAACAAGGCAGUGCAACGGCGUUGGAUCUAUCUGCGUUGGAGGCAGUAAAACUCAAGCUGGAGCAUGAGAAAUUGAGUGGCGAAUCAACUGUAAAGGAAGCUGUUACAGAGGUAGCAGCCAUCAUGGGCGAGAAUGUGCGGCUCCGGAGGGGUUUUUUUAUAUCAUCCGAAACGGGCAUUGUGUCUUCAUAUUUACACGCAUCUGCAGAUCCAGGGCUUGCAAGGGUUGUGGGUCUAGUUACGCUUGAGCCAGAGCAUGGAACUUUGGAAGGUCAGGAUGCUGAGGCACAAAUUGGAUCAGCUUUGGCCAUGCAUGUUGUUGCAGCCAAGCCACUCUUUUUAUCUAGGGAGCUUGUACCUGAAACUUAUCUUCAUCGUGAGACGGAUGUUUUUCGGUCUCAGGCAUUAUCAUCAGGAAAACCAUCCAACGUGGUAGACAAGAUGGUGCAGGGUCGGCUUCGCAAAUAUUUUGAAGAGACUGUUCUUCUGGAACAGAAAUUUGUGGUCAACGAUUCCAUGAAUGUUCAGGCUGUUCUCGAUGACCACCAUAAACAUACCGGGAGGCGUGUUCAUAUCAGCAAUUUCCUGAGGUUAGAGGUUGGCGAGGGAAUGCAACAGAAGGACGAAUGAUAUAGCGAUCAGGAUAAAAAAAAAAAAAUUCGAAUCAUUUUUGAUACGUUAGUGGACUCAGAAAUUUGGGAAGUACCAAAGCAGCAUGGUCAAGGACCAUAAUUUGUCAAAAGAGUUGUCAUAUCAAUUAUAUGGAUCACACCUUACUUUGAGGUUGGUAACAGACCAAUAUUAUGUCUUACAUCA